AUGGCGGGGGGCGUGUCCGGGGGCGUGUCCCGGCGCAGUAAAAGCGCGGCAGGGCGGCGCGGCGCGGCGCGGCGCUGGGCAGUCCCCGGGGAGAUGCUGCGAGUGCGGUGCUUGCGCGGGGGGAGCCGCGGAGCCGAAGCGGCGCAUUUCAUCGGCUCGCGGGUUGGUGCCGCGCUGAUCCGCCGCCACGCUCGGCGGGGCCGUGGUCCGGGUCGCUCCGACAGGGUUGGGGUGCGCCCACGGUGGCCGCGGGCACGCAGGGAUGCGCCAAGUGUGGGCACGCUUGGAAGAGUCUUUACAGGAUGGGUGCAGCGAUCUUUCCAGAGCACCCAGGCAGCUACGGCCUCCCAGAACACCUGUGCUGCUGAUGACAAUAAGGCUACAAGCCCUGUACCUCAGGACAGUCCUGUUUGCUCAUACAAUGAAUGGGACCCACUGGAAGAAGUCAUUGUGGGAAGAGCUGAAAAUGCUUGUGUUCCUCCUUUUUCUGUGGAGGUUAAGGCCAACACAUAUGAAAAGUAUUGGGGAUUUUAUCAGAAAUUUGGAGGCCAGAGUUUCCCCAAAGACCAUGUAAAAAAAGCUAUUGCUGAAAUUGAGGAGAUGUGCAAUAUUUUGAAAAAAGAAGGUGUAAUUGUCAAGAGGCCUGAUCCAAUUGACUGGUCUGUGAAGUAUAAAACACCUGAUUUUGAAUCUACAGGUAUGUAUGCUGCCAUGCCAAGAGACAUCCUGCUGGUGGUGGGAAAUGAAAUUAUUGAAGCGCCUAUGGCUUGGCGUGCUCGUUUCUUUGAGUACAGAGCGUAUAGACGAAUAAUUAAAGAGUACUUCAACUGCGGUGCUAAGUGGACAACUGCUCCCAAACCUACAAUGGCAGAUGAGCUCUAUGAUCAGGAUUAUCCCAUCUGCUCUGUUGAAGACAGGCACAAACUGGCUGCUCAGGGAAAAUUUGUAACUACUGAAUUUGAGCCAUGCUUUGAUGCUGCUGACUUCAUUAGAGCUGGAAGAGAUAUCUUUGUACAAAGGAGUCAGGUUACUAAUUACAUGGGCAUUGAAUGGAUGAGGCGACAUCUUGCACCAGACUAUAGAGUGCAUGUAAUAUCCUUUAAGGAUCCAAACCCUAUGCACAUUGAUGCCACAUUUAAUAUCAUUGGACCUGGUCUUGUGCUGUCUAACCCAGACCGUCCCUGCUACCAGACUGCAUAUUAA